UCUGCGACAUGCACAGUUGAUUUGUUUGGCUCAGCGGUGUUACACUAAUUGCUGCUGGAUUUCAGAUCCCAGCGUCUCUAACUAGUGGUUAAAACCUCUUGAGUAGGUAUGUCAGUAACAUGCUGCUGUGACAUUCUUAGGGGGUGGAGAAUUACUGCUGGGCAUGUCUCUCUCUCUCUUGGAUCCAGCAUUGUGCAUUCAGAGAUGUGUGAAGUCGGCGGUGAGUGCUGCCGAAGGGAGAGAUUCAAGGGCAACUAAUUGCCUGCUUAGAAAAGCUCUCAUCCCACAAGGGGAGAAUUGCUGCUGCUGCUGCUGCUGCUGCUGUUCUUGCUGCCUAGAACACUCACCAGCAAGAUCAUCAUGACAGAGGCAAGCAACAGAAAAGAAGGAUUUAAAAAAUGUCGGAGUGCCACCUUCAGCAUUGAUGGCUAUAGCUUCACAAUUGUUGCAAACGAGACGGGGGACAAGAAUGCUCGGCCGCUUUCAAGAUUCGCCCGGUCGAAAUCUCAGAACUGUCUGUGGAAUACCAUUAUUGGUGGGCUUACAGAGAAUCUUAAGGAAAAACAGAAGCCAACCAUUGUCUUUGACCCAAGACCUCCUGAAGAAAUCUUAGCAGAGGAGCUGCCGGCUGUGGAGAGUCCCGAAGCGCUUGUGAAAACUUCAUUCAGGUUACGAUCUUUGGUGAAGCAGCUAGAGAGAGGAGAGGCUUCCGUUGUUGACUUGAAAAAGAACUUGGAAUAUGCUGCUACAGUGCUUGAAUCUGUGUACAUUGAUGAAACCAGGCGUCUGUUGGAUACGGAAGAUGAACUCAGCGAUAUCCAGUCAGAUGCUGUGCCCUCGGAAGUACGGGAUUGGCUGGCUUCUACUUUCACACGGCAAAUGGGGAUGAUGCUGAAAAGGAGCGAGGAAAAGCCACGAUUCCGAAGUAUUGUGCAUGCAGUUCAGGCUGGGAUAUUUGUGGAGAGAAUGUACAGACGGACAUCCAAUAUGGUUGGACUUAGCUACCCACCAGCUGUCAUUGGAGUGCUAAAGAACGUAGACAAGUGGUCCUUCGACGUAUUUGCACUAAACGACGCUAGUGGGGACCAUGCACUGAAAUUCAUUUUCUACGAAUUGCUCACACGUUAUGAUUUGAUCAGCCGCUUCAAGAUUCCAAUAUCUGCUCUUGUCUCCUUUGUGGAAGCCCUGGAAGUUGGGUACAGCAAGCAUAAAAAUCCAUAUCACAACCUAAUGCAUGCCGCAGAUGUCACACAGACUGUUCAUUACCUCCUUUUUAAGACAGGUGUAGCGCACUGGUUGACAGAGCUGGAGAUCUUCGCUAUGAUCUUUGCGGCUGCCAUCCACGACUAUGAGCACACUGGAACCACAAACAACUUUCAUAUUCAGACACGGUCAGAUACAGCCAUUCUUUACAAUGAUCGGUCUGUGUUAGAAAACCAUCACCUCAGCGCGGCGUUCCGCCUUCUGCAAGAUGACGAGGAGAUGAAUAUCCUGUCUAACCUCUCAAAGGAUGAUUGGAGAGAAUUUAGGACUCUGGUGAUUGAGAUGGUGUUGGCCACAGAUAUGUCCUGUCACUUCCAGCAAAUCAAAGCCAUGAAGAAUGCGUUGCAGCAGCCAGAAGGAAUUGACAAACCGAAAGCCUUAUCGCUGAUGUUGCAUACAGCCGACAUCAGUCAUCCUGCCAAGGCAUGGGACCUCCAUCAUCGCUGGACCAUGUCCCUGCUAGAGGAGUUUUUCAGACAGGGUGACAAAGAAGCAGAGCUAGGGCUUCCCUUUUCCCCUUUGUGCGACCGUAAAUCCACCAUGGUCCCUCAGUCUCAAGUAGGUUUUAUUGAUUUCAUUGUGGAGCCCACUUUCACUGUGCUGACUGACAUGACAGAGAAGAUUGUAACACCUCUCAUUGAGGAAGCCUCCCACUCUGGCAUGACAGGGUUUAGGCGUUCCAGUCUGAAUAGCAUUAGCCCUUCAGAAGUUAAAAGAUCAAGUGUCAAGAGUACUGGGUCAGAAGGAAGUGCCUCUCUCAACUGCUCCAUUCUCACUGUGGACUUCAAAGGUUUCAAAAGCACCUGGACUGAGGUGGUGCAACAAAACCGGGAGAAGUGGAAAGCACAAGCAACCAAAGAAGAGAAAGCCAAGAAAGAGGCCGAGGAGAAUGCUCAGCAGGGAACGGAUGACAAGAAAACGGAAGAAAGCGAAGGGAAAAAGCCGGCUGAGGAAACCACUGCCCCCAAGCCAGACAGUAGUAAAGAAGGCAAUUCGGGAGAAAGCAAGAGCACGGAAGCCAGCAAGACUAAUGUGAAUGGGACUCGCCAAACGGCUGGCAGCAAACAUGAAGCUUCUCAAGGAAAAAAUCCAACUCAGGUGGAAAAGGAGUCGGAGUCCAAGGCGACGGCAGGAGAACAAAAGCGGCUUGUACAGAAUGAUACAGAAGAGUAAAAAACAAAACCACACAUAUUGUAAUCAAAAAGGGACUGCAAAUUUCUUUCACCAUUCUAACUGAUCUCCUUCCACAAAGACCAGUUUUUGGGGGAGGACAUUAUGCAGCUUUUAAAGCGCCUGCUUCUUCUUGCUCCUCUCACUGGCUACUUCACAGUCAAUGACUUUGGGGGUUUUCAUUUUGGGACUUUGGGGUUUGUUUGUUUUUUUCUUUCCUUCUUCAUGUAAGUUUUUUUGGGGGGUUUGUUUUUUUAAAAAUGAAGUUUCCCCUUUGCAAAAGGACUCUUCAUUUGGGACUUGCAGAUCAAGCAAAUGUGAGACCUUUGGAGUCGCAGCUUGCAAAAAAAUAUAUUCUGACAUGGUGAAGCAGAGACUUUGGCACAUCCGUGGAAAGAGACUUGGGGGAAAACACAGUUGUUUCCAUGAGUUGUUGUAAUGCACCAAGAAAGGAAGAGGAAAGAAGAAACCUUUAAUUGUCUAUUUGAAAGCCAUGAUUUAGAGCACUGGGGUAUCUGCAGAUUCUUUUUUUUAUAUAUCUAAAUAAAAAGAAUUCUGGCUAUUUUACAAAUAAGCAAAUUGCCGAAUUCCUAGACAGCUUUAUAGUAUUUUUCAAGGAAAAAAAAUACAUUCAAUAGAUUUCAUUUGCUGGACGUCUCCUUGAUUUUGUGUACCUUUGAUUGUCUUUCAUUUGAGCCCUCGUUUUGUUGGCUUGGUGUAGCAAGAAUGUGGCUCAGCCUCUGGGGGAAAGAAAGUGUUGUUUCUGUUGAUUUCUGUAAUAAGCACAUUUUUUGAAAAAAGUGCAUCCUAUCCACACACACCCUUGUUACUCAUAGCCUUUUAUUUUGACCCAAAGAACACUCUGAGGGAGCCUAUCAAUUCCUCCUUUGACGUUUUAUUGCUGAAUGAACUGGGGGAUUUAAUUAGCCAAUACAGGCAAACAGAAUGCAAUGCAAUUCUGCCAUCCGAGACAUAAACUUAGAAGUUGCAUCUCAACACUUUAAGGCUUGCGCUGCCUCAAUACUAAGCUGCUGAAAUACUGUAAUGCCCACCAUUCAGCUUCUGUCCCAGAGGCAAUUGCUCCUCCCAUCAUGGCACAUGGCAAAGGAUGUCUGACGACUGGAAUGCAUUGAGCUAAUCAUUGUGAUUGAUGCCCUGGUACUAUGCAGAUUUGCUUGGGGAUAAAUCCUGAUUUCAAUGGGGUCUAGGUUUGGUUGAUCCAAACUGUGGUGGGCAUGACAAGCACCGAAUCCAAGCAGGGUUUCAUGCAGCCUGGUGUCACACUUAGGGUGCAAUCCACUUUACCUCAAAGUAAGCCCACGUCUACUUCCGAGUAGGCUUGUAUAGGCCUGUUCACGGGUUCCUAACUCAAACACCAGCCUUCUUCUGUGAAGCAUUUGCAUGCAAAGAGACUUCUCUCUGGCUCAUCCUUCAGUGGCAUAUGAUUGAUGCAGAUCGGAGGAAGUUUAUGCUGGCUAAGAACUUUUUUAAUGAAAUGCUGGACCUCACAGAAUUCUGCCCAGGUUAGUGAUUUUUGCUUGCCUACGUCGCUUAUAAACCAGCCUUUCCCCCCAAAGGUAAAUUCACAUAAGGUUGCAAAAUUAUCUGAUUUUUCCGAUUGCCUGGUUUAGCUCUCAUGACUUUUCACAAAGCUGGUAACUGCAUCUUUCCCACAAGGCUGGGAAUCCUUAGACCUGAGCACACGCACAAAUUGUAUUAAACCAGUACAAAAGGUGUUCAGGUUUGUAGUAUAGACUUGCAAAGAUAUGUACACCUUCUCAGUAAGCAUCAGGUGCAAAGUAACAUAUGCUUUCUCAUCCUUGAUUCUAUUUUGGAAAAUACGGAGCUUGAGGAUUUUAAAAUAUUUAAAAUAUUUGCCCAAGACCAUCUGAGUCCUAACUCUUCAGGGAUUCUAAGCCAAAUGUUCCCAAGACCAAAGAAUUUUUAUGAAGAAGUAAUUUUAAAUACUUUACACAUCAGGAGUGGACUUUCUGAUCCUGAUGAGUGCAGCCCGAUCUGUUGUAUGUUUACUCAUAAGUAAGUCUCACUGAUUUUAAUGUUGCUUAUUCCCAGAUAACUGAGCAUUGCAGACUGUAGCCUCUUUCUUUCUUUCUUUCUUUCUUUCUUUCUUUCUUUCUUUCUUUCUUUCUUUCUUUCUUUCUUCCCUUCAAAAAAUUGGUUUUAGAGAGGGCAGUUCCAGUUCUAGGAUAGCAUCGCUAUAUAAACCCAACACCUUUGUACUUGUCCUACAUAUUAAGUAGAGAAAUUG